UGGCAUUCUGGGACACAAACAGUAGACGGAAUGAAUAGGUGUAACAGCGACAAUAACGGCACCGUGCACACUGGGAGCAAAUACUAAACCACAGCCGCGGGUGGAGAGAUACGGAGCUGACAGCACGUUUAUUCUAGUGCCAUACAGUCCUACCGGCUCUGUCUGCGAAGGAAGCUGUGCCGAGGGCCGUGUUGUUCGGGAUGUUCUGAGAAAUGCAUCCGUGGACUUUAUCCACGCAGCGGGCUAGUUAGCUACCGACGGGAGUGAGUAGUCAACAGUGCUGUGAUUUGUGAUUUGCUGGAGGAUUGACUUGACUAGGACGGACAGGGAUAAUGGAUCAGUCGAAGAAGUUGAUAUUUUCGCAGUAAUUUGCUUUUAAGCAUUUUGGGACUGCACAUUGUCGGACCUGAUCAUCUGCCUCACCUCGUCUUGGACAUGUCUUCGCUGGAAAUGGCGUGUUUGUCAGGUAGAAAGGACACAGUUGUAGGCUGUAAACUCAUAAACUGUCGUGUAACUCAACGGGUUUAUCCAAGAUAGGUACUAUGGCAGGGACAAGAUAAGUAAACUAUUACUAAGUGCUGCCCAACAUAGGAUGCUCAGAGACUCAAAGCAAUGUAAUGUCAAAGAUAGAAUUAUCAUUUGCAUAGUGAAAGACAUACUUGUACUUGUUAUAAAACGAGACAACUCCCUGGACACCAGACAGUGUAUUAGACAGUGCCGCUUCUGUGGAUGAAAGGUUAGGCAGCUUGCGCAGACCUGAGGGGCCAGCAUGUCCAUGUCAGGGCCCACAGCUGUACAGCUGUUCUCCAAACUCCUGAAACACGCCGCGGGCAAAGCACAGAUCCAAUUUAACCGCUGGCUGCAGAGGACCGCCACCGAGGAGUGUGACAAAAUAGACAUUCUCAUCUGCAGCGCCUUUGACGAGAGGAGCGGUGGUCUGGGCAAAUCUGAUGGAGACUCUGAUGUCCUCGGUGACAGUGCAGGGACCCCCGCGCCAGCGGAAUUUAGACACCCGUGUUGCAUCACCACUUGUUGCUUUAAGAGUGCCCUUCUGGCCUGUAUCCUGACUCUAGUGUGCUUCUCCUCUGUCGCCUUGGUGAGGCAGUACCUCAAGGACCUGCUGCUCUGGGUAGAGAGCCUGGACAGUCUAGUAGGAGCCAUGUUAUUCAUAGUAGGCCUCAUCAUAGUGUCAUUCCCGUGUGGAUGGGGCUACAUUGUCCUUAAUGUGGCUGCUGGAUACCUCUACGGCUUUGUGCUGGGCAUGGGGCUUGUGAUGGUGGGUGUGUUGAUAGGGACCUUUGUGGCACACCUGGUUUGUAAACGGCUUCUCUCGGACUGGGUCCUGAACAAAGUGGGCAACAGUGAACAGCUCAGUGCGGUCAUUCGAGUGGUGGAAGGCGGAAGUGGAUUAAAAGUUGUGGCCUUAGCAAGACUUACUCCCAUCCCAUUUGGGCUCCAAAAUGCAGUUUUCUCGAUCACAGACGUGUCCUUGCCAAACUACCUGGUGGCCUCCUCUGUGGGUCUGUUGCCCACUCAGCUCCUGAACUCUUAUCUGGGCACGACGCUCCGCACCAUGGAAGACGUCAUCGCCGAGCAGAGCAUCAGCGGGUACUUUGUGUUCAGCUUACAGAUCGUCAUAAGUAUUGGCCUGAUGUUCUACGUGGUGCACCGGGCUCAGGUGGAGCUGAACGCUGCCAUCGCCGCCUGUCAGAUGGAACUUAAGUCGUCCCAUAUGAACGGCUCCUCGUCCAAUCACAGUGGCUUCAGCUACUGCAGCAAGAGGCCCCACGCUGGCGGGACAGGGAACUGCAUUAAUGUGGUGUGAAAAAGACCCCAGUAUCAAUGACUACUCCAAACCAGCUGUCCUCCGCUAUGAGAACCAUGGGAUAGCUUUACUCAGUUGUCAGCAGCAAAUUCUGUCCUCCACUUCUGCCACUUUAGCCUGUUUGAGGUCCACAGACUUGCUUAUGGCUACUUGCAGUGUUUAGGAUUAUUUCGAAUUUGCUAGGUACAUAUUGCACACUACUGUUACAGGAGAUGUCAAAAACACAAGUCAUUUAAAUAGAGGUCAACAUUGACUUCUGGCUUUAUUUAACUCUGAAUGUGCAAUCUGGAGCUUACAAACCACAGCUGUACAUUAUAGUGUCAAAGAUAUGCUAACCUAUGCACCUUUCCUGCCAUUGGUCUGUUAUCACUGAUCUUACCAUUAAUAAGGGCAUUUACAUUUUUACACAGUCAUUUUUACUGUAGCUACAGUCUUAGUUAAAAUUGAUUUAGUACACUCAGAGUGACUUAUUUCAAGCAUUUUACUGAACGGAGUGCUGUACAUCGCAACAAAAUGAUCAGUACUAGUAUACACACAAUGCACUCUUUUGGCUUCUGUUUUAGUCAAUACAAAAAGUGAAUUCCUUCAUAAAUUAACUGGAGUUCUGUAAUGAAGUAUCUUGUUCAGUAUCAAAACCACACAGCCCUACGCUGUGUGGGAAUUGAACCACAAACCACAAAUAUGGUUAGGCCUGCCACAAUAACAAAUAAAUAAACAGCACAAUGAAACACUUGAAUAGUUGGUGUAAAUGACAAAGCUCAAAGUGCAAAGAAAUGUACAUAUAAUAAAUGCUGAGCUCAAAAGAUGUUUUUGUUUGGACCACACAUUGAACAAUAAAUUUAUAUAGUAGUUAUUGUGACAGGCUUAAGUGUUAUAUAACCAUCACAACUAAAUAUUUCACUCUUUGUGUACUCUAUUUUACUAUUGUGAAUUGAACAUACAGUAAUGGUACUCUUAUUAUUUUAGUUUAUUUAAACAUGGGACUGUAGACUGUUUGCUUUGAGACAGAGAAAGGCUGUAGUUAGCAGCAGCAGCCUCCUCCCUGCGCUCCUGUGGUUUGUGCUGAGUGGAGCCGCCGUCCUGGAGAUGGUUUUAGCUCUGGUGCAGUUUUGAUAAGAGCAGCUGGAGAUCGGAGCAGAUUCACAGCGGGAAACUCUGGACCGUUCAGGAAAAAAAAGUCCAAGUCAGCUCCACAGCCGCUCGCCACAUGUCCACAAACAUUUAUUCACACACUCAGCUCAAACACAGCUGAGACGAGAUGUCCUCUGACGUUUUAUUUUUUACGAUAAAAUUAUUUAGUAUUAGUACAUUGAUGACUCUUGAUUGACUCUUUGUUUAGAAAUUCUGUGCAAUACAUGGAAGAAUGAUGAAAUUGAAUGUCAUAUAUAUUUUAGUGCUGAAACCAAACUAAUGGGAGAUUACUAACCCAAACAUUAAUUUUAGUGUAUAAAGCUAUGCUGCAUAGGAGGCAGUUAUUUUUAUGCUAUUUUCAGAGGUAAGGGACAUGUGACUUUUAUUUUUACGAUUCAUGUACUACUACACCAGGGCCACUGUAGUUGUUUUGCACAGUCCACCACUACAAACUACAACUGUUAGUUCAGUUGGAUCAUGUUUGAUCUAUAGUUGAACCGAUGUGUCUGAAGCUGACAAUCAAACACCACAUGGACACUACGAAUGAAUGUUUUUAUUUUGUAUGUGUAUAAUUGUGACGCUGCUCCUGACUGGGAGAUUAUAAGGGCUCUCCACACUCCUCCUCCCUCUGUUGGUUCACAAAAGCCAGGUUUUUAGGCUUGUGUUGAUUUAAUUUUUGUAAUAUUUACAUCACAACACAUUCCAUACCAUGUCAGUCCCUUAAAAUUGUAAUGCUGUUUAUGCUAAAUAGUUUUGUUCACUGCUUGCUGGUUGAAAGGCUCCAUCUUUUCUGAUAAGCAAUAAUGAAUGAAAGCAAAAUAUAUGAGAUGAUCGUUAGCCUAGUUACAUUGUAGAGCACAUGGUGACUUUGGCUCAAUUUUGUAAAGAUGUAUUAUUUUACUUGAGUGAACAAAAGUCUUGAUCCAUAUUCCACUGUAUGGUGUAGUGUGUACAUUCCCAGGUUUGUGUUAUGGUCUGCCUUUUACCUCCCGCUGCCUCUGACACAUUUUUGUGCUGCCUACAAAAGUGAGACGAUGUCAUGAGACGCACCAAUUUAUGUGAGCAGUACAGCUCCUCAGAUUAACUUUGUGAGAGGGUAUUUGAACUUAAGAAUAUCAAAUGUAGUUUUUAUGAUAGUAAAUGUCGUACUAUAGAUACAUAAGCUUGAUUAUGAAGUAGGAAUUAAGAUGUAUAACAUGAACACUCUCUAAACAAAGUGCCAUUUGUGAAGCUGUCCUGUUUGGAAGAACUGGAAGUUACGCCAUGUUUAAUGCAAAAACCAAACUCAUGAAACUUGAUUGGCCACCAUCAUGGAUAGUUCCCAUAUUUCAGCCUCGUAUCCAUGACUUUGCAGACUGUACAGUGACUACAGUGCAGGCACAGGCUCCGGUUCUUCCGAGGUGGGCUCUACUUAAAACUUUAGAUCUAGUUAUGCAACAACAGAUUCCUGAGGGAAGUAUAUUUCAUAGCCACCCACACAGACCUGGAUUUGGGGCAAAGUCGCUAAAUGGGUCAUGUUUGGUGCUAUGAAAUGCUAUACUUCCCAUCUGUAUCAAGUGCAUUACUCUUAUACUGUAUUUUGUAAUACAGAUAAUUUUACAGUGUAUAAAUAAUGAUAUUUAUCACUGUACAAUGCUUGUUCAGUGUUAUUUAUGAGAAAAUAAAAUUAUCUAAGUUUUUUUUCUUAA